GAGCAAACAUAGUCAUGUCAUUUAAACAGAGCCUUUCAAGUGUUCAGGCAGCACCCUCGUGUGGCUAAAAGGAACUAGAGGUAAGCCUCAUGAUUCUCUCUAGUGCUUGCAACAAGCUCAAUAGCACUGAGACAUGAAGCUCUAACCACACCUUCUCAGAAAAGACAGCACAGAGUUUGAAAAGGUGCAGAAAGGAGUAGCCAAAAUAAUGAAAGGGUUGGAUAAUCUUUCCCUUCCAGAAAAUACUAAAGCUUCAGGAGCUAUAGAUCAGAAUAAAUUUUUAAAAGACAAGCAAGAGGGAGGCACGUUAUGGAGAGAGUGGAUGGGGGGAGAAUUUUUCUCCCCCUUUCCAUGAUUGAACUUAGGUCCACCCCGUUAAGGUGCUUGGCAGUAGGCUCAACAAGGCACAAGCAACACAUAACAAAGGAGAUUUGGCUGGUUUGCCAGCUACACCCCCAUCUGGAAAAAAAAAAGAUGGUUUCGAUGGGUCUUUGGUUUGGAUAAAAUGCAAUAUACUCCAUUUCUUGAUUCACUGUCACUACACCAUACGGUUAAACUGGUCACCUCUCUGUCCAUUUCAAGAAUGGGGAAUUGAGACUAAGGGGGCCACUGACUGGAUCCCUUCCUCACCCCAAAGCAACUGCAGACUGAUGAUCAAUAAAGCCAAAGCCUCCACCUUGCAGCCCAUAAUUUAGGCAGCUGCUGUGGUACAAGCAAAUGAAUGCCUGGGGUUGCCCUACUCUUCUCUCAGUCUGAGGCAACAGUAGCUAUAGGGAGUAGGGUGGUGAGGGGCAGGGAAGUAGUAAUUUUGGCAGGUCCUACUUGUCAUAAAAAGGUGAGAAAAUCUGCACUUUCCAAACUCCCACAUUCUACACAACUCUUAAGAUUCAGACCUGUCCUCCGCUAAUUUGCAUCUGCAGGGCUGGGACCUGCCUGCCUCUCCUUACAGAAAGCAUUCCAAAAAGCUGAGGCCAUCACUGAGAAAGCCCUUUUAUAACCACAACCAACUGCAUCUCCAAAGCCAUUUUUUAGCUGGUACUUCCCAUGGCUUGUGAUCAGAAAGGAGGACUUAUAUAGGAGCUGAACUUGAAUCUUGCACCUCUGAACUCAGAACCUGAUCAACAGGAUCCCACUGGGAAUUCCAAAAAUGUGAAAUCUAUUAUCAUUAUUUAUUUAUAUCCUACCUUUUCCCCUGAUGUGAUAAAAAGCAGCUUAAUGGGACUCAAUCUUGUUGUCACAGGAACUUGCCUUAAUUUUAAAAUUAUUAACACCUUACAUUGUUUUUUCCUACCAUUUUAAUACAAUUAUUUUAUAUUUCUCAUUUUUAAAAAAUUGCAUUGUUUUUAAUUCUUUAUUUAAUAGUAUACUUAACAUACUAUUUUGUGUUUUAUGUGGUCUGUUUUCUUCCUACCUUCUCUACUGGUUAUUACACACACACACACACACACACAGAUCUAAAGUUUGUAUCAAACUUUAUAUCAUUUAUCACUGGAUUUUAAGUUUUGUCAUCUACAUCCUGCUGGACAGCAGUCUGAGUUCAAAGCUCUGCUCAGCCACUGAUUUACAUAGAUUAAUUAUUUUAUAUGAUCUCUCUGACCCACUUCGUCACCUGUAAACCAGGUGAGCAAUGAUUGGGCUAAAGAAGCAAUAGAGACAUCAGUGAUGUCAUAAAACACCUGCCAGUGUGACAAAAGAGGAGGCUCUGAAUAACAGAAUCUGAUAGACAAGAAGAUAACAUGAGUAGAGUGAGCACAGGUAGGUGUCUGGGGUGUGGGACAGGGUAAAAGUUUAAGAGUUUAAAAUAAAAGAAUUGCUGGGCCUCAAAUCUUUGUAGAAGCUGUGUCUGCUGGUCUGGAGGUCCUUCCCCUAAUCCCAGGAAUAUGGUACCAAGUUGUGAUUAUUCAGAGGUUAACAAAGGCUCUUUGCAUUUUCACAGAGGCACUCUGUUCUGUUCUCAAGGUUCUAGUUCUGAGCCCAGGUAUUUAAAACAGGUUCCAAGGUGAACCCUGAGUGAAGCUAGACUCUAAGAAAGGAGAAGCUAAUGUCAGGCAAGGGUUUCAGAUGCUGCUGGUUACAACAACAGUGCUGUGUAGUUGUUAGUGUGUUGGACUAGUGGCGUUCAAAUCCCCACUCAGCUAUGAAGUUCACUGGAAGACCUUGGGCCAGUCACUCACCCUCAGUCUAACCUACCUCACAGGGCUGUUGUGAGGAUAAAAUGGGGGGAACUAUUUACACCACCUUGAGUGCCUUGGAGGAAAGGUUGGAUAUAAAUGGUGAUGAUGAUGAUGAUGAUAAUGAUACAAUUUCCAACAUCCCUGGCCAUUGGCCAUGCUUGCCAUAACUGAUGAGAGCAGAAGUCCAACAGCAUCUGGGGGCACAGUGUUAGUUAUCCCUGACCUACCAGAUUCCAGAGUUUGCAGUAAAAAAUGAACUUUUAAACCCACGAAAAUGAAGCUGUUUUAGUGCCAGCAAAGGGCUUGUAAUCUAUACCCACUGCUCCCAAAGAUCCUAUUAGUACUAGAGUCAAAUAACAAGCAAAAGGUUCAGUCCCUUCCAUGAAGGCAAAAAGGAUAAUGGUAUAGUGGUGUUAGCUUUGGACCAGGUUCAAAUCCCAGCUCAGCCAUGGAUCUCACUGGAUAGCCCUAGGCAAACUGCUCUCUCUCUCUCUCUCUCUCUCUCUCUCUCUGUGUGUGUGUGUGUGUAUCUCCUCCCGCCCCCAGCCUUCCCCAACUACUAUAAUUAACAGGCUGUAUUUAUAAAGCAAUAUUGAACUCUAAUGGUCAUUCCUUCUAGCCAGAGAAUCCUGGAGUUUCUAGUUAUUUUGAGGAAGUCUAGAGAUUUCUGACCAUAAAGAACACUGAGAACUAUAACUACAAUCCCUUUGAUUCUGGGGGUGGGGUUAGAAUGGCAUGCAAUGCAUAUAUGCUCAUUAUAUUGCUAUUAAGAUAAAAUAUGUCCUGCCUUUCAGUCAAAGACAUCUCAAGCUGGAUAACAUUAAAAGCAAUCAUGUAAUCAUUAAAAGGACAGCAGCAUAAAAUCAGAAGGGGCACAGUAAAAAGACCGUCAAUAAUAUUAAAAUUAGCAGCACAGCCAACAAGAAACAGUUUCACUUCUAUUAGUAGUAGUAGCAGCAGCAGUAGUAGUAGUAUACUGUCCUUCAUCCAUAGGUCUCACGGCAGUUCACAGCAUAAAAAUACAGGAUAAGACAAAAUACAUAAUAAAAACAAGAACAGAACAAAACAAUAACCCCCCUCCCCUUUUAGCCCAAGUGUGUGUUGGAAGAAUCAGGUCUUUGCAGCUAGCUAAAAGCAGGCCCAGUGUGUCAGCAGGUGACAUCCUUGGGCAGCUACUAAGAGCCUGAUGAUGAUGAUGCCACUCUCCAGGACCCCCUUUUUUCCAGCUCUCAAACUAGCACUGAGUGGUAAUUAGUGUAAUUGCCCUCAGUGCUGUGGAGGGAUGUGACAUGACCUCAGAGCAUUGUGGGCAAUUACAAUUAUGGCAGCUGCCUGUAGGGUGGCCAGGUCUCCUACCUUACAGAGGACAGCCGUCUAUUCGAAGGGCUGCCAGAGGAAAUAUCUGGCCUAAGUCCUGUUUAAAGCUAAAGGAGGAGGAGCUGACAGGGAGGGGUGCCAUUGUGUCCCUGACCUCUCAAGAAGCAGUCACUGCCUCUUUUCAGGAGGGGGCGGAGGGCAAGCUGGCACUCUGCCAUCAUUUGUUGUCUGUUUUGAGGAUAUAUAAACGGCCACUCCAGUGUUAAUCAGAAUGCCAACUUCCUCCUCCUGUGUCUGGUGGGAAAUCAUGGGUGGGUGGGGAGGGGAGGUUGCUGACUGUAAGGAAGAGGAAGGAGGAGGGUGCUAGACCCCUCCACCACCACUUCUAGACCCCACCACCACCACUUCUGUGAAGCAGCUGUGAAGAGAGGCAGAGUGCUCCAGGGAUGGCUACCUAGGCAAACUUAAAGGGCUCGUCAUUCUUCUGUUUGUGGAUUUCUAGUCAUGGGUUCAAAAGUUCAUUUUUUUGUCCUGCCAUUUUCUCCAGGAAACCCCACGGUUUAGUGCUAAAUAAAAAAAAAAAGUUGGGUUUUCUGUGGAUUGACGUUUGUUCCAAUUCACUGGUAAACAGUGGGGUUUCCCAGGGAAAGUGGCACAACAAACAACAACAACAACACACUAUUGGACCCGUGACUAGAAAUCAUGGGACAAGUGGAAGUGUGAGUGAGUCCUGAGAAGGCCCUGUAUCACAUACCUGGCAUUGUGUACCUCCAACAGAAGUGUGGUACAGCUUUCAGCAUUAAUGUGACUGCCUUGGCAGGUUUGCAUGGAAGGAGGUGGUCCUUGAGGUAUGCUGCUUGGUCCCAACUGUUUAGCGCUGGAGUGAGGAACCUUUUGCAACCUGAGGGCCAAACUCCCUUGUGGGCAACCUCCUGGGGGCCACAUGGCAGGGAUGGGCAGGACCAGAGGAAGAAGCGGGCAGAGCAACAGGUGUGACUCUUAGCUUUGUACAGCCAAAGCCAAAGGUUUCUACCUACAACCACAUCCUGCACAUCUCUCUCCAUCAGUGCAAGUACAUAUUCCAGCCGGGGGGGGGAGCAACUAAAGCAGGUGUGGGGAACCUUCGUCCCUCCAGGGCCCACCAUCCCUGGCCAUUUGCUGGAGCUGAUGGGAGUUGCAGUUUAGCAAUAUUUGGGAGAGUCACAGGUUCCACAUCUCCACACUAAUGGAAGGCACAGAGCAGAGCCAUUUAAGGGUGCAGCCUGGAAAGGGGUGUGGUUGAAUAAGAGUCCCAAGGGACAAACAGAGAAGCCAGAGGACUGCUUUCAAGGCUGAGGUUCCAAAUCCCUGGUUUAGGGCCCUAAAGGUUUGAAGCUAGCACUGGAUUUGGCCUGGAAUUCAAAUAGUAUGUUGGUAUAAUAUUCAAUUUACACUGCUUCUGAGCCCUGUGGUAUCCCUCUGAAGCAAGAUAGGCUUUGGGGGGGGGGUUGCUUUUGAUUCCUACCGUAACAACAGGGUAAAUAAGCACUCUUCCCACAAAACUUUGCUCUUUUCAUUGAUUUUGAAUAUGAAGCAUUCACCACCCUAGCAAGAGCAAAAGGCCACAUUUUGAAGCUGAAAAGCUUUCAUCGCCUCUACAAAUACCAAACUUUGCACGGGGAAACUUGAAUCUGAAAACCAGGGGUGGUAGGCACAUUGAAAUUGAAUGAGCAUGACCAAGUGGGGGACCUUCAAUUUCAAUGGGCCUACGCCGAGUAAAACUUAGUUGACUAUCACGACAGAUGCUUAGAAAAGUUGGCCCCAUUUCUCAGUUUAAUCUUUGCUGUUUUCCAAGAUGCCAGGCACAGAAGCAAGCCAUGGGAAAACCUUUUUCACCAGGAAAAUGGGGCCCCUCCAGCGCCAGCUGCGCCAGGGGGAAUACGGAAUGUUCCAGUUUUCCCCCAUGUUUGAAAGUGACUUUAUCCAGGUAAGCUCCUGAGAGGUUCGGUGGGGGUGUAGGAGGCAGGAAUCUAAACAGGUACAAAGGAGAGUUGCAGGCCAGCAAGGCUAGGUAAAUGCUUUCAUUCCUAAAAUGAUAGGUUCCGGGACCUUAAAAGUUCUGCUCUUGGCUAGUGUAUCAUUAUUCCAAGGGGAGCAAACAUGGCACCCUGCAGAGGUUGUUGGGCUACAACUCCCCUCAGCUCCAGCCAGCAUGGCCGAUGAUGGUGGGUGUUGUACUCCAACAUCUGGAGGGCUCCAGGUUGGCUACCCCUGAAUUAUUAUCCACACAUCACAGAUUAGUUGUGAUUGUUUGUUUGGGAUUAGUUCAAGCCUGCAUGAUUUGUGAGGCAUCAGGCAAAUGCAGCUCACCAGCUAUAGGCACUUGGUAACAUUCUACCAUUUUUUCUGUUCCAAGCUCCCAGCCCAUGUCUGUUGAUGGAUUUUGAGGCAAUUAUGUUAAAUACCAACUUGUACCUUUUGGGGUUAAGUCAUUCAUAUAUAUAUUUCAGCCUUCAUAGCUGGAAGAAUGUCAGAAGGAAAUUAUAUUCAGUUUAUAUAUUCACCAGAUUCUCCACAAAUACAUUAAGUUCAAUCCAGACUUAGUCACACUUAGGUCCCACAGAAAUCUCAUAUGAAAUACAUAUGAUACUGUAAGGGUGACAUUUAACUAACUUUUACUCAGAGCACCCCCAUUGAAAUGAAUGGAUUUAAGUUGGUCAUGUUCAUUAAUUUCAGUGGAUAAGAACAUAAGAAGAGCCUACUGGAUUAGGCCAGUGGCCCAUCUAGCACAAUAUCCUGUUCUCACAGUGGCCAACCAGUUGCCUGCGGGAAGCCUGCAAGCAAGACCUGGGCUCAAGAGCACUCUUCCCUCCUGUGGUUUCCAGCAACUGGUAUUCGGAAUCAUUUACUGUCUCCAACCGAAGAGCGCAGACAACAUAGCUAGUAGCCAUUGACAAUCUUAUCCUCUGUGGAUUUAUCUAAUCCUCUUUUUAAAACUGUCUAAGCUGCUGGCCAUCACUACCUCCUGUGGGAGCAAAUUCUAUACUUUUAACUGUGCACUGCAUGAAGAAGUGCUUUUUUUUUUGGUCUGUCCUGAAUCUAUACUGGUUAAAAAUUAGUUGAAUAUCACCCAAUGAAAAUAAAUUUUUAAAGGGCAGGCAGCAAAGGAAAGUACAUGUAAUUUCCACUGUCCCUCUCCAAACACAAACACUAGCAAUAAGGAUUCAUCCAGCCAUCCCCAACCCAGUGCCCUCUAGAUGUUUUUCAACUGCAAUUCCCAUCAGCCCCACCAACAGCAUGGCCAACCAUCUGAGAUUAUUGCAGUUGUGCUACAAAACAUCUAGAGGGGCACCAAGUUGGAGGAGGCUGGUUGAGAUACUGUCCAUUUUUAGAAGGCGGGAAACUGUGUGUUAAGUCUAUCUUGUACCCUCAGAUCAGCAAACAAGGUGGCCCAGUUGAGAUCCACAACCAGGAGCAUAUUGUGACUCUUGGCAUUACCUCUACAAGCCCUGUCCUGCUGAUCCCAAAUGUGCUGCUCCUGGCACGGCCCAUUGCCCCAUCUGAAGAGCACACUACAAAGGCAAAAAGCAUCUUCCACCGUCACCCACCACCAAGAUAUGAGCUAACCAGGUGAGUCUUUCUGCAGUGGCAUCAGGGGCAUGGCCAGGUGACAAUAUCCCAUGCUCAGUGAAUUUCCAUAGCACAUCACAGGAAGCAAGGGAAGUGGGGCUUAAUUUGAGUCACAGGUCUCUAUGGCUCAGCCCUGGAACCUAUAUUCACCUGUUCUGGUUGUUCUGUAUUUGCCCAAAUGGCUUUAGUGGGAACUGUGUGUCCUCAUCACCAGCAAACCUGUGGCUGAAUUGGAGGAUAUUGUGGGAAUGCCUCCCUGCUUGAAAUGCCAACAGCCAUGUGCUUUGAGGAUGAUUGUUUUUGUAAAAGGUUGAUGGCAAAAAUUCCAGUUAUCAUUGCACUAGCAUGACUUCAACAUGAAAAGGAUGGUGGCAAAAGCAGACUCUUCUUCUCCCUGUACAGUUCAAUCACUGGAGGUUUGUUGUUCCUAGUACUUUUGCUUCAUUGGUGAAAUCACAGAUGAGUGAAGAGUAAGCCCCGGGUUCCUCCCUAUACUUUUAGCAGCUGAGAAACCAAGGCUAACUUGGGGGGGGGGGGGAAUCAGCAUUUGCAUCCUAAUGCAAAUUCUGUGAAGACAACUCCAUGAAAUCGCACAGCAUUGGGCUUUUCAAAAUGUGUAUGAGCAAGCUUAUAACAAGUAUUUCAAACUACUAGUCCACAUGAUUCAUCCACCCAUGCUAUUAAAGAUACAAAUGAAUAAAUUAUCUUGAACUAGAAAAAGGUCACAUAGAAACAUAGCAAGUACCGUAUUUUUCGCCCUAUAGGACGCACUUUUUCCCCUCCAAAAAUGAAGGGGAAAUGUGUGUGCGUCCUAUGGGGCAAAUGCAGGCUUUCCCGGGCUUCCUGCAGCUCUGCGCCACCCUCCGGAUCCCGGCGCGAAGCCGCGCGGGGCUCCGGAGGGUAGCGCAGAGCUGCUUGCGCUCCCGUGCUUCCUGCCGCUCUGUGCCACCCUCCGGAGCCCCGCGCAGCUUCAUGCCAGGAUCUGGAGGGUGGCGCAGAGCUGCCUGCAUUCCGAAGCCUGGUGCACGCUGAAGAGCGCGCCCGGGCUUCGCACACCUCUCCGCAAGCCUGGGGAGACCGGCGCGGCUCCCUAGGCUUGCGGAUAGCAGGCUGUUCUGGGGGCUGGGGUCGGGGGAAGCUCGGGCUUCCCCCGCGCCUGCCCCGUGCCUGGGGGGGGGAAUAUAUUUUUUUUCUUUAUUUCCCCCCCCCCAAAAAAAAUUAGGUGCGUCCUAUGGGGCGGUGCGUCCUAUGGGGUGAAAAAUACGGUAGCUUUGUACAGAUUCACAUCAACAGUCCAUCUAGCCCAAUAUUGUCAAUAUUGAUUGGCACCAGCUCUCCAGGGUUUCAGACAGAAAACACUCCCAGCCCUGCCUGGAGAUGACCCAGGAUUGAACCUGGGACCUUCUGCAAGCCAAGCAGAUGCUCUGCUGCUGAGCUACUGAGACAGAGCAUCUGCUUUCUUACAGAUUAACUUUCAUUGCUUUCUUCCUUACAGAUGAUCAUUUCAGUGGUGCAGAACAGUAAGCUGCAGUUUUUAAAGCCUUAACUGUUCCCAAUCUCACUCCCUCAACACACACACCUAUGCAGGUUAUUCCCUUUGCGUUACGUCAAGAUCAGCAUCCACAAUGCAGAGAAAAAGCAGCUGCGGUUCAAGCUGGUGAGUGGCCGCACCUUCUACCUCCAGCUGUGUGAGUCAGACAAGCGAGGUGAUCUCUUUGAUGCCUGGGUCAGGAUUGUCCAAAUGCUGCGGCCGCCCUCCGAAGAAAACCUUGAUGAGCAUCCAAAGAAGAAGAAAGGGAAGAAGCCCAAAAGCCUGAAACCCAGUUCGUCAGCUCCAUCACUGCCUCUCAAAGGCAAAGUGAAGAACGCUCUCAAGGUCAGUAAGCUCUGGCCCCUGGGAAUUGGUGGGGAACAGAAUGGGAAGAAGAGGGAAAUGGAGCAGACCUUGUAUAUCUGGGUUUGCAUCCUGGGGAAGAGUGGGUUAAGGAUGAGCCCUGUACCUGUGUCUCAGGUGGGACAUCAAGGGCUUCAAAGCCCAACCUCCUGCUGCCUAGCUGGUGGUUUAGAGAACUGGAGCAAUAUCUGUACAUGGAGGGUGGGAGACAUUUGGAGCUGAAAGUCAUGACUCUUUGGUCAUCUUUCUCCCUGGCUGAAUGCCCCAUUCUCCAUUUCUUCAGAGUUCAUCUCCUAAACAUGCAUCUUCAGGAAAGCACAAUUGGAAUAUUCACACUGCCACCAAAAUGGCCAGUGCCCAGGAAUUUGAGACCAAGAAAACAUCUGAGCCAAUCAUAUCUUCAGACAGCUCGGGCAGCCUCCAGCCUCUAACACCAGCACUGCCUUCCAGAUCAGAGAACACACUCACAAAGGAUCCUGAACUGCCUCUAGAGGCCCAGGAGCUGGCUGAGAAGUCAGAAAAGGAGGUCGCUGAAUUGAGCCCCAACCGGAAGAGCUACGUUGGUGAGAAAAGUGGCUCCCAGACUAAGAGGUAAUCAAGAGGGAUAGCUUGUGUGGCCCCAGGGGGAGUGCAUAGCUGGGAAAGUUGUGCAGUCUCUCAUCUUUCUCCGGACCAGUCCUACCAUUGGGAAGAGUAAGGCAGUGUCUUCUGAGGGCUGGGAGGUGGGAUCAGCCCCCUGGCCAUUCCAAUCUGAUGGAAGACAGAGUUGUGUACACCGCCUAAACUAGCCUGUCAAUCUCAACGGUGGUGGAGGAUACUGUUACAAGUGUUGAAGAAGGAUUCAACCUGCCUUUAUACAUGGGGAAUUGGGUGUGGGCUGCACAACUUUGUCCUUUGCCUCAGGCAGAAAAAUGUCUUGGGCUGACCCUGGGGAGGAUUCUGGGGAAGUUGUUAUUGUUGCAUGGGGGAUAUACUACUUCCAUGGUCUCCCUUCCUCAAUCAUUAACAUGAUGACUGGAGUCAUUCCAUUAGAACAAGGAUGGGCAUCAUCAUGGCCUCCAGAUGACACAGUAGACUCCAUCCCCCAGCCCAGAUUGUCUGGAACCACAGAGCAUCAGGAUUCCCAGAGGAAUUCCCGGGAUUCCCAGCCCACACCCUGCCUGAGGAGGCUGAAAUUUUGAAGGACCCAGCAACCUCCCAAAAAACCCACCCUAGCUCUGGACCUGCCACUAUCACCUUUGAGGUGCCAGAAGGAAAGAACACACUGAAGCUCAGCAUGUACACUAUUUAAUUACAAGGGAGAGGGCUUUUCCCUACCCUCCUCAAUUACAGAAUCCCCUCCAAAAAGAUGCUCCUCAGGUGCCUAUGUUGCAACCCUUUCAGCAGAAACUUCCAAGUUUUACCUUAUUCUUAACCAUGCUCAACUUAAAAAUGUUAAGGAAAAGAACUGUAUCAAGUUUAUGUAACAAAAAAAUAAUAAUUUUAUCCCACUCAUAAAAGUAAGGGUAAAAAUAUUAAAGCAAGCAUUCUUAUCACCUUUAUAAAGGCAAAAUGCCCAUUAAAGCAUAUGGAAAUGAGUGUUCCUUAAUAACAAUUUGGCCAAAAGCUUUUCAACAGAGCCUUCUUCAGUGGCCUGAUAUUUGCUUAGGCUUUGAUGUAGAGGAACUUCAUUCCUGAAAUGAGAACAAGUUGAAUCUAAACGCAAGACACUUACCUCCCCUCAAUUUCUCAUUUUAGUGUUAUCAUCAGGAAAUAAUAAUAAUGUUGGGAGACAUCAAUAAGCCAUAAAAGAGCAGAGCUGUGUGCUCUUUUCAGAGCCAGGCAAAAGCAUUUCUGUUCACCCAGGGAUUAUAAACUGCUACAGCUUGGUCUUGUUUUUGUCACUUUUUUUUUUUAAAGAGGAUUGCAUUCUUAUAUAUUGCUGCUGAUUAUGUUAUGAUAUAAAUGGAUUGUGUGCCAGCCUGAAAUCCAAAUAGGUUGGUGAUAUUUAAAUGUUUCAAACAAACAAACAAAGGGCUCAUCCGCACUUCCAUUUGUGCCGUGCUUUCUAGGCACAGGUCUUCACCUUAAAGAGUACUUUUUCUUUUGCUCCACUACUGCCCCUUUGAAAACCUGCUCUUUAACGCCAAAUAGAAACAAACAGCAAUUCAGGUUUUUCACAGAUUGCUGUUUGCUCCGAUUCAGAAAUAAAGAGCAAAUUUUCAUAAGGAAAGCAUCAAGGCAAAAAAAAGAGCAAGCACUCGGACAUGGUGCUUUUCAAAGCUUUAUAGCGUGGGACUGUGCCUAGACACAAAAGGAAGUCUGGAUGAGCCCAAAUACUCCAGAGGAAGAGGCAAGCAGUGGUAUGAACUGCAGAUCAGGAUCCUGCUGAGUUACCAGGAAGAAGCAUGGUAGCCAGCUCUAAUAUAAAGCUCUUCAGUCUCCAUCAGAUAGCUCCUGGUACAGUAUCUUUGAUAGGACAGCUCCUUCACCAGGCCCUUGCAAAUUCAGCUACUGAUGGACAGUGCCCUAGCUGCUCCAGCUCACCACACACUGGACCUGCUUUCACAGCUCAGAUACUGCUGGACAGCUCCCUGGCUAAUCCUGGUCUCCUUGCUCAAAUAUCUAGUCAUGCUGCUUGGGUCUUCCCCUCAGAGUUUGGGGUUGGUGGGGCGCAGGAUAUGAUGGUGCCCUGACACAGGUGAGUGUCCUGAAACACUUAAAGGUGGAGGGAUGGAGAGCUUGGCAGCUCAGCGGUAGCAGAUGGAGUAGUUAUGGCCUCAAAUCUUUUUUAGCUUGAAUAAGGUGCAGUAGGGACGCGGGUGGCACUGUGGGUAAAACCUCAGCGCCUAGGACUUGCCGACUGCAUGGUCGGCGGUUCGAAUCCCCGCAGCGGGGUGCGCUCCCGUCGUUCGGUCCCAGCGCCUGCCAACCUAGCAGUUCGAAAGCACCUCCGGGUGCAAGUAGAUAAAUAGGGACCGCUUACCAGCGGGAAGGUAAACGGCGUUCCGUGUGCUGCGCUGGCUCGCCAGAUGCAGCUUGUCACGCUGGCCACGUGACCCGGAAGUGUCUGCGGACAGCGCUGGCUCCCGGCCUAUAGAGUGAGAUGAGCGCACAACCCUAGAGUCUGGCAAGACUGGCCUGAACGGGCAGGGGUACCUUUACCUUUUUAAGGUGCAGUACAAAUAGAAAACCAACAGAAAGUUCAUUUGUUUUCUCUUUCUAUCUCAGGUUAACAUGGAGACGUGGCUCAAUGGCAUUUUUAUUUUUUUUUUACUGCCAUGUGCACAAUCUUAUGUUAAAUAUUUGUGGCAGAGAAGAGAGAGAGAGCGCUUUGGGCAACUGUACAGGAGUGCAUGCAUGUUUGUGCAUCUUAUUUCACUGUGCAGACAAUUAGAAAUUGGAGGAUGGUCUUAUGGAGUCAAACAACAUGGGUUUCUAAUGAGGGGCACUGUUUUUAUUUCAGAAAAUCUGACAUAAAAAGCCAUCGAAGCAGCUCAGGAGAGAAAGGUAGGAGAGAUGUCUGCACCAUCAAACAAAAUCUCACUUCUCUGUGACUUCCCCAUCUACCCAACCCCAGUGCAAACACAUAAACGGACUGCCUGGGCAACAACCACCACAUAUGGUCAGAGCUAAGAAAGGACCAGGCUUUGGGAAGAAGGUGCGAGGCUCUGGCAGGGUCCUAGAGUCCUCACAUCUACUUCACAAACCUGGGAAAGGACUAACUAGGCUUUAGGAAUGAGGCAGGAUGAUUCUAGGACCCCAUCAGAGCUCUUACGCCUCCUUCCCAAAGCCCAGCACCUUGCUCACCUGGCUUUGGGAAGACAGUGCAAGGGCUGAGAGGGCGGCAUCAAAUGAUGCUGAGGGCUGCCCCCAAAAAAGGCAUUGAGGGCUGCAUGCAGCUCCCAUUUUGCUCAGUUUCAGCUGAUGUGCCAGCUGCAGCCUCUUCUUGAGAAAGCUCAUCUUGCCACAGUUUCUAUUUUAUUUUUUAAUUCAUUUAGAGCAUUUGUACCGCGCUCAUUGGCCAAAAAGGCUCUCAGGGUGGCUCCUAUACAGUCAUUUAAAUGGUUUAUAUACAAUCAAUUAGUCAUUGCCUGCAAGAUUACACUCUAUGUAUUCAUUUAUUUUUAAAAAACCUGACAGGGAGAGAAGGAGGAGGAGAAAAAUUCAGGCACCAUUUCUUAACUAGUACUUCUUUUAACACAGAAUCAGUGCAGGGGCAGGAGGUUUCUGCUGGUCUUUCAGCAGAGCUGAUGGAAUGAGUCCUAUUUCCCAUCUCUUCCGCUGAUGGAAUGGCUGCUGCCAGGUGACAACUGAGGGAGAAAGGAGACCUGACAGAGCUGGUAUUCCAGCACAUACUUUGGUUGCUUUAAGACUAGAGUACUGUAAUGAGCUUUAUGUGGAGCUGCCCUUGAAACACAUUCAGAAACUGCAUAGGCACAUAGGAAGCUGCUGUAUACCAAGGCAGUCUAUUGAUCCAUCUAGCUCAAUCUCUCCAGGGUUUCUUUCCCAGUCCUCCCUGGAGAUACUAAGGACUGAACCAGGGACAUUUCACAUGUGCGAAAAUGUGCUCUGUCACUGAGCUACAUUCAUUUAAGCAGUGCAAGUUUUUUUAAAACCAAAACCAAUAACCAGCUUGUGAAAGAAAAAUCUGUGCCCAUUAGCUAACACACUAGAUUCCAGAAGCACCCUGUUUGUCCACUAUGCUAUACAAAUGCAAUACAGCAGCAGCAUUUUAAAUAUAUAUUUAAACCCGCUCUCUGAAUGCCCUACCCAAUCUGAGAAGGCUGCAUUAACCCCUCUGCUCUGUCACGGGCUUCUAGUUCUGCAACAAUCCGUCUGUUUCUCCCUGAGCCGUAUAUUCAUUCUUCCUUUCCUCCAUUUAUCCUCUGCCUCCGUGCCUCUCUCUUCCAUAUUUGUUCCUUUUUUUAGCAGAAAUGGCCCAAGGCAUUUUGGUGUCUGAGGCAGAAAAUCAAAAUGGCACCUCUCGUAAUGAAAAUAAUUGGCAAUUUUCUCCCCCUUAACGAUGCUCCAAAAGCUGCUGCCUCGCCCUGCCUAAUGGGAGAGCUAGCCCCGCUUUAUUGCAGCCUUCAUCUUUCCUGCCUCCCCUCCACAUGCCUACCUCCCUUCAUGUGUAACGAUCAGCACUUCUCACCCAAGUAUCAUUUGCUUCCAGACCCAAAUGAAAGAUCUGUGCACUACCACGAAAAGCUCUGGGCCCUGCCUGCAUUAAAUAAAUUCUUCUUCCAUGUGUCCAUCCUGCCCCUGGAUGUGAGAACCUUCCCAGUCCGCCCUCCCCCACCCAUUUUCUGAAAUAAUGUCUGUGAGGAAGCAGAAAGGUACUUUGCAGGAGGAGAACCUCCACUUUGGAACUUCCCAACCAGAAGAGCAUGCCCAGGGGCUUCAUGGCUGGGCUUUCAGAGAUGUGUGCAUCUCGGCAACUUUUAAAAGACACUGUGGUAGCUCUUACUGGGUUGGCCCUCUGCAAUUUUAUUAUUUAUAUAUUUUAUUUAUCACAUUGAUAAGUCGUUUUUCCUCCAAGGAACUCAAGGUGGCAUGUAUAGUUCUCUCCCCCACAACAACCCUGUGACAUAGGUUGGGCUGAGAGACUGUGAUUGGGCCAAGGCCACCCAGUGAGCUUCAUGGCUUAGUGGGGAUUUGAACGCUGGUCUCCUAGGUCCUAGUCCAACACUCUAAGCCCUGCACCAUUCUGGCUCUCUUUUAAGUGUAUUUCUAGGCUGCAUGUUUUCUAAACUUUUUUUUUCAAGGCUCUGAUUGCAAUUGCUUACUUAAUAACUACACACACACACACAGCACCAAUAGCUAGCAUUCCCUAAGUAGUGCACAAUGCAAUUUAAAUGCCAUAACCCAUUAAAGCAACAACAAGCAAAACAAAAGCAAUCACAAUUGAAAGAAGUGUUAAAAACCACCAGCAGCAAGUCAUAAAAGCAGCAUUUUUAAAAAACAUUAGAAUAAUUUUUAAAAAUUUCUAAACACCUGGGGAAAUAAUAAUUUUUAAAAGCCCUUCGUGUAGCAUUAAAAGAAACCCCCAUAAUGAGGGCAUUAAGCCCAGCCUUUCCUUGAAUGACUAGGAGCAAGACAGCCUAGAAAUGGUUAGCACACACACACACACCCCUCCUCCAUUUAGUCUUUACCUUAAUGAAGAGGGAGAAAAGCAACACAGUGGCAGAGCACAGGCCUCCCCCUCCACACACACCCCACUCCAUUUUUUUGCACACAAGGUCCCAGGCUCAAUCUAGGGCAGCUUUGGCUAAAGGCUCUUGAAUGUGAAUGGGUUUGGUCAAACUCAUGCUGGCAGCUUCGAGAACACUGUCCAAACACCUCGUCCUCUGUUGUCCCCUUCUCCUUGUGCCCUCCAUCUUUCCCGACAUCAGGGUCUUUUCCAGGGAGUCUUCUCUUCUCAUGAGGUGGCCAAAGUAUUGGAGCCUCAGCUUCAGGAUCUGUCCUUCCAGUGAGCACUCAGGGCUGAUUUCCUUCAGAAUGGAUAGGUUUGAUCUUCUUGCAGUCCAUGGGACUCUCAAGAGUCUCCUCCAGCACCAUAAUUCAAAAGCAUCAAUUCUUCGUCGAUCAGCCUUCUUUAUGGUCCAGCUCUCACUUCCAUACAUUACUACUGGGAAAACCAUCGCUUUAACUAUACAGACCUUUGUCGGCAAGGUGAUGUCUCUGCUUUUUAAGAUGCUGACAUCAUCUUUACUCUUUCUCUUUAAACUCCUUGUGCAUGCCCCCCUGCACUUCCUGUCUUUUGCUCCCCCCUCCCAUUUUUCCUCCUUGCCACACAUUCAAAAUUAGGCCAAGGACCAUAUGAAAACAGACCCAGGCACGGGUGUGGGGUGUGUGGUCCGCCCCCCGUGUCAUCUCUCGCCACGCUGCCCCCCUGGGAUGCUUUCCGUGCGCCACUCUGGGUGCUGGAGCAGCUAGCUCCACCUCUGGACCCAGGGCCACAUCAAGCCCCCACGCAGAGUAGAAAGUAACACACCAGACAGAGCGAUGAUACAGUUUGCUAUGCAGCAGCUUUGUGCACCGCAUACUCCUCUCUCACACGCUAUCGGGCUGCAGGGCAGAGGGAGAGAAAGUGAACAAUAGGGCUCUUCCACCAUCUCUGCUGAGAGGCCAGCUGCCUUUGGUCCUCCCCCAGCUGCCACCUACCAGCAGCCAGUCCAUCAGGUUACCUGAACUAUAAUAUCUAUUCAUUUGUUCUUUUACACCCCACCUUUCUUCCAAGGAGCUCAAGUUGGCAUGCAUGGCUCUCCCGCUCCCCAUAUUAUCCCCCAUGAGGUAGAUUAAGCUGAGAGAUGGUGGUUGGCCCAAGGUCACCUAGUGAGCUUCGUAGCCAAGUGGUGAUUUGAACCCUUCUCUCCCAGGUCCUAGUCCAACACCCUAACCACUAUGCCAUACUGUCAUUCAUUAUCAGUCAUUAAUUCCUGCUGGUAAUUAAAAGAACUGCAACUUUAAGAGCUGGUGCCUGAGAUUGUUUCUAGACAGCCUGUUUGUUGAGCAAUCAUCCUGAUUUGUUUGCAGGGAGAUUAGACAAUGUUGGCUAUUUAAUGAGCAUUUAUUAUCAUUUGUUUGUGGGGAGGUUAGAUGGCAUUGCAUAAAAAAUAAUAAAAGUUACCUUGCCCUUACACUUUUCGGUACAUUUUCCUAUCACUUUCCCUAUCACAAAGAAAUCUGAACUUUUGGGGAAGUGGGUUUGUUCCACAAGAUCUCCCAAUCAACUAAAAUUGCACAAUCCGAUUUUGCUGGUAUGUGAUUGAAUCUCACCCAAAAAUAGCCACAGUCUAGAAGCACCCUGAGCUUGCAUUUCUCCUCUCCUGCACACCCUUCGCCCGCCCCUUCCCUUUUUCCUUAUGUGUCUCUCUUCUGGUUUUGUAAGUGACUGCGAGAAACCUAUUUGACUAAAUGAUCAUGGUAUAAAAACACUUUACAUGCAUAAGUAUAUCACUUUCCUCCUCUUCCACAUGUAUCCAUCUCUCACACAAUAUGCUUUUGUCCACCUGGACAUCAUCUAUCUGCCAUCAGUAUUAUCCAUUCACCUAUGAGCCUCCUCUGGCUCAGUCGCAUCUUCCUGGACCUGACUUUCAGUUCUUUGGUUUUUCAUCAGGCAGGAAGCCGAGCAAAAUUGUCUCCCUCAUCAGAUCCUGCUCCUGGGGAAGCACAAGAAAGGACAAGCGGAGUGCCAGAGCCCGGGCCAGAGGGAGGAAACGCAGAGGGGAGUGAAACCAGGAGCUAGAACUAAGAGGUGACAAGAAGAACUAUAGAGGUUGGAGACUGAACAAGAAGUUACUGAAUGACGUGAAAAUAAAACAAAAGGCUCAAGAAUUGCUAAAGGAAUUCUUUGAAAUUAACAUGGCACAAAAUACGGAUAUUAGAAUAAUAUGGGACACCAGUAAGGCCUUCAUACGAGGAUUUUAUAUCCAACAAAAUAUAUUACAAAAAAGAAUUAGAGAAGCAAAGUUAAAUCAAAUUAGACAAGAAAUUGAAAAGAAUGAGAAAACAUUAGCGAAAUCUCCCAAAGAUAAAAUAGCAAACCAAAAUAUUAAAUUAUUACAAUUACAACUCUCAGCAUUAUUAAAUAAAGAAAUAGAGAACAAUGUUUUAUGGAUGAGGCAAAAAAUUUUCGAAUUGGCCAUUAAGCCCAGGAAAUUGCUGGCAUGGCAGCUAAAAAAGAAACAGAAGGAAAUGCAAAUUAAUAAACUAUUACAAAAUGGGAAAUUAAUAGAUACUGAAGAGGAUAUAAUCAAAUCUUUCCUAGAUUAUUUUAGAAACCUCUAUAAGGCAGGGCCGGAGGCUGAGCAUGAAAUUAUAAGUUAUUUCCAAGGGAAAGAAAUACCUAAAAUCAGUGAAGAAAAAGUAGACCAACUUAAUGCACCAAUUACUAGAAUGGAAUUGCAUCAAGUAAUUUCAAAUCUGAAAUUGGGCAAAUCGCCAGGCCCAGAUGGUCUCUCGUCAAUGCAUUACAAAAUAUUAGAGGAGAUUAUAGCCAUACAAUUCCAAAAUAUGAUGAAUAAAAUAGUGCAGGACAGAAAGACCCCAGACACUUGGCAGGAUGCAAACAUUGUGCUGAUCCAUAAACAAGGUACCCCCCACGAGUCAGUAAGGAGUUAUAGACCAAUAUUAUUGUUAAACAACGAUUACACAAUAUUUACGGGAAUCUUGGCCAAUAGAUUAAAAUUACAUCUAAAAGAUAUGAUAAAUCAAGACCAAGCAGGUUUCUUACCAAAUAGACAUAUGAAAACCAAUAUGAGAGUUGUAAUUGAUUUAAUUGAAUAUCUGGAAUUAAAACCUAGCAAAAAAGCUGCUUUCAUGCUAGUAGACACAGAGAAAGCUUUUGACAACUUCUCUUGGUAUCCCACAGAAUAAGAAAAGGUUUUUUUUUAUAUGCCACAGCAGCAGCUAGAAUAGUUCUAGCCAGCAAAUGGAAAAGCGAGGCAAUACCCUCUAAAGAAGAAUGGAUUUAUAAGCUAAGUGAAUACAUAGAGUUGGCAAAACUUAACAGCAGCCAUAAGAUCCCAAACAAAUCAAAAUUUAAAGCUAGCAUGGAAUUGUUUUGAAGAAUACAUAGAAAAAUACUGUUCUAAAAAAAAAUGUUAAUAUUCAUAGAUUAAAUAUGUAAAGUAGAUGUGAGAAUAUUAAUAUAUGCCUAUUAAGCAUAGAUUAAGUAAGUAAGUAGGUAAAGCAAAGAUGGAAGUGAAAUCAGGAAUGGUUGUAAGAGAUGAAGAUUCUUAGAAAUGCAAUGAAACAAUCAAAUUAAAAUUUAAGGAAGUUGAGCUGUAGUGAAGGGAGGUCACGGGGUGGGUAAUGUGUUGUUUUAGUUUGUAGGGACUAUAUGUAUUAUAUGUAUAUUUGUGUUAUUUGUUUUGAGGUGUAUUUGUGUUAUUUGUAUGUAUUAUUAUUUUUCUCAAUAAUUUUUUUAAAAAAAUUAAAAAUACUUUUUUUUCCAAAAAAGGAAGGACAAGCGGAGUGCCAGAGCCUGGGCCAGAGGGAGGAAAAGCAGGGGAGAGUGAAACCAGGAGCCUAUAGGCACAAAGGGCAGGAGUCUCUGCCCCACCUGAAAUUCUAAAUG